GUGAGUGGUUUUGUUUGGCAUAGCCAUGAAAUGAAAGAAAGUGGGCCCCAACACAAACACAACACACACGAAGAGAAAGAGCAUUUCCUUCCUUCUACAGACAGAGUCGUAUGUAUGUGUUGUGUUGUGUCUUUGAAGAGAAAAGAUACAAACAAAACAACAAAACCAGACACUCAUUGAACCGAUCUAAGUGCCUACAAAAUCGCGUUAUAUUUGUUCUGUCUUUGUAACCAUUGGCACUUCCAUGUUCCUCGUUCAACCACACAUUACAUUAUUUCAUUAUUUCCCUUUCUUCUCUUUUCGCUUCUUUUUCGCUACUAUCUCUCUAAUUCUAAUUCUAAUUCAUUCUUCAUUGCAAAACAAACAUCAUCUUCUAUCUUCGUCAUGACUGCAACCACCCUCAUUACUAUUAGUCCCGACGAGCUCAGGUUUCAUUUUGAGCUGGAAAAGCAAACAUUUUGUGAUCUUAAAGUACUCAAUAACACACAGAACUAUGUUGCUUUCAAGGUCAAAACCACUUCACCUAAGAAGUACUUUGUACGACCAAACACCGGUGUUAUUCAUCCUUGGGAUUCAUGUAUUAUCAGAGUCACACUCCAAGCCCAACGUGAAUACCCUCCAGACAUGCAAUGUAAAGACAAGUUUCUCUUACAGAGUACAAUAGUGGCUCCAAAUACUGAUGUUGAUGAUCUUCCGGCAGAUACUUUUAAUAAGGAUAGUGGUAAUUUAAUAGAGGAUUUGAAACUAAGAGUCUCAUAUAUCACUACCUCACCCGAAGGAAGCUCUGAAGACGAUGGGAGGAAUUCCUCACAAAAACUUGAUUCCUCUUCUAGUCAGGCUGUACAGCUCCUGAAGGAAGAAAGAGACGCCGCUGCCAGACAAACGCGACAGCUUCAACAGGAAGUGGACAUGCUGAAAAGGCGAAGAAACCAAAGAGGCGAUCCUGGCUUUUCCUUCACCUUCGCCAUUUUUGUUGGUCUCCUUGGAUUUUUGCUUGGCUUUCUUUUGAAAUUUUUAUUCUCUUCACCGUCUACAGAAUAAUUGACACGGUUCAAAACAUUUGCAUGCAUGCAUACUUUCAGCGUUGUUCACUGUAAAAGUGUAAAGUUCUAUAUUCUUUGAAACGAGAUAUUUCCAUUUUCCUUCA